CCUAACCUAGACGUGACCAGCACUGCCCCUGAGCAUUUCUCCAACACCCAAACCUCAUUGCAGAGUGGUAUUAUUUAUCUGAACUAUUAUACCACAGUGAAAUUAUGAGCAAAAUCAUCAGUAACGACUUAAAAGUGUUGGGUAAAAAUUACGACCAACUCGAAUGUGUUUUGGAUAUAUUAAGUUCUUUAUCGUGUUAAGUGUUCAUGUUGAGGAGCUGCUUUUGGAUAGGGACUCAGUGUGGUUAAUAGGUUAUCGUGUAGUGUGUGGUACAGGUGGUGGUGGUGGUUAACGAAGUGAAUAAACGACCCGUAGAAAAGUGAUCCCGACAAGAUUGAUAUUCGUCCCCAGACCCGGUCUCCGCCUCCGUCGCCAUGAAGGAGAGACUGGGGCCGAGUAGCCGCCUGGUGGUGGUGGUGGCGGUGCUGGUGGUAGUAAUGCCUUGGGGAGCGGCUGCCUUCUGGGGUGGUUCUGUGGAGACACCCUGUCCUGAGCAGCGCACUUAUCCCUCCGUCCCCAGUGACGUGUACAUCACAGGUCUGGUGGGCGUGCACGGGGGUGGGCGGUGUGGCUUGGUGAACCCCGCUGGCGUGCAGGUGAUGGAGGCUGCUCGCUGGACAGCUCUCAAGAUGGCCCAGACGGCCUUCAUUCCCGGCGUCACACUCGGAGUGAAUAUUUACGACACAUGUGGAGGCCCGGAGGCAGCGCUGAGGGCGGCUGUGACCUCAGUGGUGGAGGGCGGCUACCUCAACCACCCAAGCUGCCGGGAGGCGCCUCACGUGGGUGUCCUGCAUACACACCCUCACCACACGCAGCUCUCCUCCUUCCUCCAGGAUGUGGGUGUUUCCUCCGUCAGCGUGGGGGCCGAGAACUUGGAGCCCCAGCUAGAGGCUCUCAUGCCACUCCUGGUCAGACUAAACUGGACUUCCGUGGUCGUCGCCGCUCCUUCCUUCCAGGUGCUGCAACAGUUCGGUCACCUGGCUGCUAGCUUCCGUGUCUGUGUGGGAGCUGAAGCCAUCCUACCUCACACCACCAGUGACCAGAAGGCGUACCACUCACUACUGGAGGUGCUGAAGACGGGCGAGACUGGAGGAGUGGUGCUCAUUGGACCUCAGGAUCGCCUUCAUGCUACCCUCACUGCCGCUGCCGCCCACAACUACACCGACUUCCACUGGGUUCUCGCUCCCACCGGACCCAUCCAGGAGGAGCUCUUCCAGGGGCUCAACUCAGUAGCAUCUGGGCUCCUGGCGUUGAGGAGAGCGAGCCAGACCGUGCCAGAGUUUGGUGAGCACUUCCUGACUGUGGCCUCCUCAGACACUACUCUGUACCCGGACUUCACCCCAGACAACUACGUAGAGGAACCCGCCGUGUACCAGAUAGUGGAGGCGGUGUUCCAGAUGGGUACGUGUGUUCGUCGGGCGGUGCUGGGGGCGUGUGGAGAGGAGGGAGGAUGGUGCAGCAAUGCGAGCUCAGUACAGUUCACGGACCACCACACAGCCGACGACGGCCUCGACGUGAUAGAGGCUCUAUCCAUCAAGGCACAGAGGCCGCGCUACCAGGUGCUGCGUCUGACCCCUACUGACGGCGCUGACAGGCUGACACUUACCAAGGUCGGGUACUUUUCUGAGGGUGUGCUGGACCUCGACAACAGUGUGUUGGAGGGCCCGGAGCGACCCCCUCAACACCCUUGCCUCUCUUGCCGCUGUCUCAACGUGCGCUUCGCCUUCCUGGCCGAUCUCAGGUGGCGUACUGAGUCCUGGGUAACCAUCUGCGCCACCAUGGCCAUCAUUGGCUUCCUCCUGGCCACCUCCAUAGCCAUCUUCAUCGCGAUCCGUUCCUGCCGAGGAAAAGCACCGGAGGGUUCUCAAGGAUUCUCUCUUUUGCUGUUGAUGGCCUGCAUCUUGCUGUAUGUAGCCAUCCUGCCAUACAGCUUCGAAGCGAGCGCUCUGACCUGCAGCCUGCGUCCCUUCGCCACCAGUCUAGCCUACGCUCUUGUCUUCUCCAUUAUGUUGUCCCGGUCACUCAUGUUGGCUACGUCUGACACAGACGGCCUGGUUGGUCACGUGAGCGGCCUCGUCCAGACGGCGUUGUUUUUCUUCAUGAUAAGUGUGCAGGCAGGCCUCGGGGUGCAGCAGUGGGUGAUGUGCUCCCCACACUCCUUCUCCCAGACGCCACCUACAGGAGGAGUGUUAUACAGUUGUUCUGGCGAGCGUCUGCACUUCAUCAUUGCUCAGUCCUACAUCAUGUUCCUGCUCACCAUGCAGCUCUUCAUAUCUCCAUUCAUCAUUCGUUCCCGCCGUAACUACCACGAAGGUUUGCUCUUCUUCAUAGCCACAUUACUGAUCACCAGUGUGUGGGUUGCGUGGGCCACACUGUACUUGCUCUUACCGCCCGAAUGGAGUGAGGCCUGUGUGUGUCUGGGUCUGGCUGCUACUCCUACCGUCAUCUUGUUGACUAUUUUUGUACCCAAGACGUACCUGAUGGUGCGAGCAGCGGCACGAGACUCCAUCUGCAUGGCCCCAAUGAGGCCACUGUCACGCCCACAGUCCACUCACGACCUGGCGCGGGUCUCUUCUCUCGCCCUGUACGACUCCAUCGGUCACCUGCCGGAGAUGAUGCACGCUCCCUCCCACGCCUACACUCCCGACCCCACUGUGCACCUGGGGCACAAAGAGAGCCCCUACGAGGCCUACUCCCACUACCAACCUUCACCACACAAAAUCACGCAGUUUUAACUAACAGUGACUUAAUGUUUCCUGGUACACAGACGAGGUGUGAGUAUUCAUGCCUCGUGACGCCACCCUCAGGUCUCCCUCAACCCGCUGCCAGGUAGCUGCUGAUUAUCGGCCUUUAAAAAUGGCAAUGUCUAUAGUAGUGUUUUAUAAGUCAAAAUGUUAUGGAUUCAUUUACUGCAAUAAA